AUGGCUUGCGGCUCAGCUUCCUCCGGCCUUAUCAACCGCAACGGCCCCGGCAGCGCCGCCACUUCCAUCAUCGACAGCAUCGUCAAGCCCGCCGAGGCCACGGGCGGCAAGACGAAGUGCAUCGAGUGCGACGGAUACGAGUGCUGCUGCAUCCCCAUUCCCUGCACCGUCAUCUGUUUGCCCCUUGCAAACCCCGUGAAGAGCACCUACGUCGUCGUCUGA